AUGGCCAACGAAGGAGUUGUCCCUGUCUUCUCUAAGGUGAACGACGACAUUUUGCUGAACAUUCUGAGGAGACUGCCGGCGGUGGCGUUUGCAUGUGCGGCGUGCGUUAGCAGAGCGUGGAACAGAAACUGCAGUAGCAUUCUCUGCCGCCCCAAGUUCGUUUCAGCUAUGUCUGUGAACCCAGACCCCUGUGAGGCUGUGGAUGAGGUGUUUGAUGAGGUUUUCUCUCAGCCGAUUCGUCCCGACUUUGCAAUUGUUUACAUUGGCAUGGAGUUUAGCUUGCCAUUCACAAGCCUCUUUGUCUUCAAAAAGGUACCGCGUGGAGUUCCAAUCAUCAUCAAUCAAGCUGUUGGGCUAAUCGGCGUCGAUGCUGGAGCAGAUGAAAUCGUAGAGGUGAAGUGGGAAUUGGAAAAUGGGCCCAACUAUUGGGAUGAAGAAAUUCUAAUGGGAGGUAAUCCAAUAAAUGGAGGGUUAAUUCUCUCUGUUGGAUUUGUGCCCGAUUUAAAAGUGGAUGUCAUCCCACUUCCAAGAUCAAAGACUCAACCCAAUAUGCCAUUGAUGGAGUACUUUAUGCUGGAGCUUAGGAGUUACACUGCUUCAGUUUCAGGUUCUCUCGACCCAGCUUGUAUCACAAUGUUCGGAGAUCAUCGUGUUGAUAUAAGACCCAUUGUUGAGAAACUAGAUCUUGUCAUGCCUGAGGAGACUGCCGUUGUAGGAGACGCAAAAGGCUCCUUUCUGUUCCGCCGCAGGGACCAAACCCAAAAUUACAGUGCUGAUCUGUUCUUCUUUGAUGCUGCUGCUCUAGUAUUUGCCAGGGACCAAAACAAGUCUGCUGAGUUAGGGGAAACUCGGUUCCAUGUGGCGGUGGCCGACGGCAUAAUUCCAUUUGGUCCUGAGCUCAGGAGCGUUUCAGUGUUUGAGGAUUUCUUUGCUCAAUCUUGGAUUUCGGGCGUAGUGGAAGGAGCAGAAGAAGGGUAUCCCAUGCUUGAUUGCGUCACUGUUUUACAACAGCUUAUAAAUCAGUUGGACUUGGGAAACCCAAAUUUAUACAUUGAGGUCAGGAAAGGUAGACAAUACUCCACACAAUUCAGAACAACCCUGGCUUGUCAUGAACUUUUGGGGGGUAACUACGAGUCCAUAAUCGUCAAGGGUUGUGGCAUACAACCUGGGGAUAGAUUCAUAUUCCUCCACUCAGACGCCGGAAGUGCACUGACUCGUGUUGACGAUGCUCGUCACAGUUUGGAAGCAUUGGAUGCUAAUCAAGAGGUGUUUGGAGGCUUGAUCUUCUCUAGCUACCACCGCGACAGGUCCUUUUUCGGAGCCUCUCAUGUGGAUAUAACUCCCUUUACUGACAAGCUCAGUGGAGUUCCCAUGGCUGGUAUCUCCUGCACAAGAGAAAUUGGGCGUGGGGCGUUACUUGGUCCAGGACUAGGGUAUUGCCUCCAUGCACAUAGCUGUGUGUACCUAGCUAUGUCUUAUGUUCCUCCUAUGUCCUACUAAGGUAUUCGGGGCUUGAGGGAGUCUCUUCCCCUGAACCUAUUGAAGCAUUGUACUACGGAGUUGGUGUGAAAGUAGUUCUUCUACAUAUAUGUCUUUCAGAAAGCGAAUUCUGUGGCUGUGGUACACAGAUAGCUGUUGGCUAGGUUUAGUUUCAUGGUUUUUCAAGAGCCUCCAGAUUCUAUAAUGGAUCAUGGAUGUGCUCCUAGUUUAUUGCAAUAGACAUGGUUGAAUAACAUCUAUCGCUUCGUUCUGAGACAAAUAAACAAAGCAAGUGCCAUUGAUACUCCAGUGUGGGCUGUUCAUUUUGUGCAAGUUUAU